UGUUCAUUCUCUCUCUCUCUCUCUGUGUUUGUUCUCAGCCUUGACUUCUUCUCUGUCUCUUUACAUCAGCGCGCGCAGGAUUUCAGGAGCAGAUGUUGUCUCGGGAUUCUCUGGAUCUGUUAUUUCCUGAUGGCGAGUGUUUGUGGAGAUGAUGAGGCGCGCUCCUCCUCCUCCUCCUCCUCCUCCGCGUGUCCGUCAUGUCUCCGCGGGUUUGAUCUCGCGCUGAUUCUGCCCUGCUCUCACACUCUGUGCGGCCGCUGUCUGGUCGAGGGGGCGGGGCUUGUUCGGCGCGGGGGCGUGUCCUCCGCCUCUCGUCCAGUCUGCGCCGUUCUCUGUACGAACUGCCGUCAUUGUGUUGAGCUGCCCUGCUUUGACUGGUCAUCUGCUUUGACCUGUCUGCCCUUUGACCCCACGGUGACCCCUGACCCUGAGGCGAGCCGGGCGCAGGAGGAGCGGAGGUGGGAGACGGAUGGCAGUGUAGAUCUUUCUGAAGAGGAAAUGGAGCAGUCAGUUAGAGGACUGGUCUUCGCUCUGGAUUCGUCGCGCUCUGAUUCGCCGCUUCGCCUCUCAAGCUCCGCCCUCACCGUCAGCGUCACAGGUCACGUGUGCUGCGAGCGCACCAAUCAGGAUGAGGGACUGCCUCAGGUGUGCGGGAGUGUGAGCGUCUCCAGAGGACAGUAUUACUGGGAGAUCGACGUCUGCAACAGCGCCCUCUAUAGGAUCGGUGUGAUUUCAUCAUGUGACGGUCGUGGCUGGUGGCUGGAGAGGCGUGGCUCUGCGUUUCACGCGGUGUUUGACGGACGGCGUGAGCUCCUCCCAUCUGUUCCUCCUCAGCUGAAGACAGUGGGCGUGUUUCUCAAUGUGGGCGGAGCUUCAAUCACCUUCCACAAUCCUGUAACUCAGGAGUUUCUUGCCGCCGUCCCCUCCCACUUCAGCGUUCCCCUCCGUCCUGCUCUCCAAUUGGGCCAGGGAAGACUCAAGCUCCGCCCCGGCCUGCCGCCGCCCAAUCACGUCUUUCUCAGCCCUAGCUCUGCCUAUCGGGGUCCAGGAGGGGCGGGAUCUGGGCGCUGGAGGCGGGACGUGUCGUUUGGGUCCGUGAGGGCCGUGGUUCAGAAGUUUGAGGAGAUGUCGGCCGUGUCGGACUCAGAUUCGGGUCUGGUGUCCAGCGUCGGCUCAGUGUCAGAACACAAUACCCUCUGAAACACAUUAUUGGAGUUUCUACUGUUGUGUAUUUAUAUUCAGAGACUGUAAUAUAUUCAGAGACUGUGUUUCCAUAUCAUUUGGAAUGAUGAUUGAGAGGACUGAAAUACUGCAUGACCGCACAGAUGCCACACAACUCACACAUAUAUACUGUGUGCAAAAUUAAUACAGUUAUGGGACAUGUUAAUCACAAGAUCAACAUUAAACUGCCUGUAAAAACUUUUAAAGAAAUAUUCCUGAAAUAUAAGGAAUGUUCCUGAGAUGUGUAAAUAAUAAAAUCUAUUUAUUAUUACCUGGCUUUAUUGUGGUCAAUGGUGGUAUUCAGCGCUCAAAUAUCUGUGAAUCAUGACACUAAAUUCUUGAUAAAUCUGAUGAAGUUUCAGAAAAGAUCUCAAUAAUGUCUCAAACGUGCUCAAAAACUGCAAUAAGAAGUUA